CUUUAUUUUCUUCUAAUGAAGAUUCUGCUUUCUUCAUCUAAACCUGUCCCAAAAACCUAUGUGCCAAAACUUGGCAAAGGUGAUAUAAAGGAUAAGUUUGAAGCCAUGCAGAGAGCGAGGGAAGAAAGAAAUCAAAGGAGAUCUAGAGACGAAAAGCAAAGAAGAAAAGAACAAUAUAUUAGAGAGAGAGAAUGGAACAGGAGAAAGCAGGAGAUUAAAGAAAUGCUUGCUUCUGAUGAUGAGGAAGAGGUAUCUUCUAAAGUAGAAAAGGCUUAUGUUCCAAAGCUAACAGGAACUGUUAAAGGUAAAUUUGCUGAAAUGGAGAAACAAAGACAAGAGGAACAAAGGAAGAGAACAGAGGAGGAACGAAAACGCAGAAUUGAGCAGGAUAUGUUAGAAAAGAGGAAGAUACAACGUGAAUUAGCAAAAAGGGCUGAGCAGAUUGAGGACAUAAACAAUACGGGAACUGAAUCAGCAUCAGAGGAAGGAGAUGAUUCACUACUUGUAACAGUGGUACCUGUCAAAUCACAUAAAACAUCUGGAAAAAUAAAAAAGAAUUUUGAGGAUCUAGAAAAAGAAAGAGAAGAAAAUGAAAGGGUCAAGUAUGAAGAAGAUAAAAGAAUAAGAUAUGAAGAACAACAACAAUCUCUCAAGGAAGCAAAGUGUCUUUCACUGGUCAUGGAUGAUGAACUGGACAGUGAGGCAAAAAAAUCAAUUUCUCCUGGAAGACUAAAAUUAACUUUUGAAGAAUUAGAAAGACAAAGACAAGAAAACCGAAGGAAGCAAGCUGAAGAAGAAGCAAGACAACGUUUAGAAGAAGAGAAGCGUGCUUUUGAAGAAGCAAGGCGGCAAAUGGUAAAUGAAGAGGAGGAAAACCAAGACACAGAAAAAAUUUUUAAACGGUACCGACCUGGUAAACUCAAACUCAGUUUUGAAGAAAUAGAAAGACAAAGGAGAGAAGACGAAAAAAGGAAAGCUGAAGAAGAAGCCAGAAGGAGAAUAGAAGAAGAAAAGAAGGCAUUUGCUGAAGCAAGGAGAAACAUGGCAGUAGAUGACGACUCCCCAGAGAUGUAUAAAACAAUCUCUCAAGAAUCUCUUACACCGGGAAAACUGGAAAUUAAUUUUGAAGAAUUAUUAAAACAAAAAAUGGAAGAAGAAAAACGACGAACAGAAGAGGAACGGAAGCAUAAGUUAGAGAUGGAAAAACAGGAAUUUGAACAACUGAGACAAGAAAUGGGAGAGGAAGAGGAAGAAAUUGAGACCUUUGAACUGAGCAGGGAAUAUGAAGAAUUAAUCAAGUUGAAAAGGAGUGGCUCUAUUCAAGCUAAAAAUCUAAAAAGCAAGUUUGAAAAAAUUGGACAACUGUCUGAAAAAGAAAUACAGAAAAAGAUAGAAGAAGAACGAGCAAGAAGGAGAGCAGUUGACCUUGAAAUUAAAGAGCGAGAAGCAGAAAACUUUCAUGAGGAAGAAGAUGUUGAUAUCAAGCCUGCAAAAAAAAGUGAGGCUCCAUUUACUCAUAAAGUGAAUAUGAAAGCUAGAUUUGAACGAAUGGCUAAGGCAAGAGAAGAAGAAGAACAAAGAAGAAUUGAAGAACAAAAGUUACUCCGCAUGCAGUUUGAACAAAAGGAAAUUGAUGCAGCACUACAAAAGAAAAGAGAAGAGGAGGAGGAAGAGGAAGGUAGCAUCAUGAAUGGCUCCACUAUUGAAGAUGAAGAGCAAACCAGAUCAGGAGCUCCGUGGUUCAAGAAGCCUCUAAGAAACACAUCGGUUGUAGACAGUGAACCAGUUAGAUUUACUGUUAAAGUAACAGGAGAACCCAAACCAGAAAUUACAUGGUGGUUUGAAGGAGAAAUAUUGCAGGAUGGAGAAGACUAUCAAUAUAUUGAAAGAGGAGAAACUUACUGCCUUUAUUUACCAGAAACUUUCCCAGAAGAUGAAGGAGAGUAUAUGUGUAAAGCUGUCAACAAUAAAGGCUCUGCAGCUAGUACCUGUAUUCUUACCAUUGAAAGUAAGAAUUAAUCACUUUUAAUCUAAUACUUUUAUUCUAUUUUUUUUUCCUUUAGAAAUUUAGAAUUACUUUUCUUCUUCUCUUUUUUAGCUGACGACUACUAGCUCCCCUUCCCUCUCCCUGGAACCCUCUCUCUCUCCAACUUUCUUACUACAUCAUCUUUUCUGUGGCGGGGCCAAAAAAGGAAACCAGAAGUGCCACUAUGCUGACUUACUCCUUUUCCUGUCUUCAAAACACAAGCUUGUCUAAAGAAUAUUUUCUUUCCAAAUGAGCACCAGAUUCAUUGCCAUAUUAUGCAACAGAAGUUAAUGUGUAUAUAACAGGGAAAGUGGGAAAUUUACUUAUAUCAGAACCUAUUAAAAAGGCUGUGUAUUCCCAUAGUUUACAGCAAUUUAAAACUAUAACACAUUAUUUUGCAUGAAAUACCAUUCAUGAGCUGUUUACACCUAAAAUUAGUCUGAAAUAGCUGAGACUUCAUGAAUUUGGGACCUGUCGAUUGGAGUGAGAUUUUUUUUCUUUAGUACUACACAUCAUUUUGGUGGUUAUACUUUCAGUCUUUCUGGAGCAGAUGUAUGAGGGGGAAGGGGUGUCAUUCUUUUAAUGAGAAAUGGGGAGCAUGGAGAAAACAAAAAAAAAUUAGACUUUUUAGAAGCAACUUCCAGAGAAAAUUAGAUGGAAACCACUGCCUUGAGUUCUGAGUGUUGAGAAUACUAAAUGUACUUUUCAAAUGUGUGUAAUAUAUAUUGAAGCUUAUGAAGCAAAUUUGUUGUGACCUUACCUGACAGAUUAUAUUUUAAUGAGAAACUCUGUAUUAAUAGUUCAUACAGGAGAAAACACUUUCAAUAUGAUUGAAGACCUCAAGAUCUAAGAGGAUUAAAUUUAGGGAGGAAAAUGGCAAA